AUGGUAUCAGUUCCUUACUUUCCUCAUACUGAAUAUCUGGAAAUCCAUCCCACGGCCCCCCCCUCCCCCCCCGUGCCGCCCUCACACUUACGCUCGGCGGGCGGUGCGGAGAGCGCCGAGGUUUCGUCGGCUCCCGCAGCGCCGGGGGUCGCGCUAGGUGGCGGAGGAGGAGGAGGGGGGGCGGAACUCGGGCGGCACCGAGGCGGGAGGCCGGCGUGUCCCGCGGCUGAGGCGCCUCCGCCGCGGCUGCGGGUACUGUGUGCGAGGAGGAGCUGCCCGCCCUGCCCGCCGCCCUGCCUCCCGCCCUCCGCCCGCUCGCCUUCCCCCCCGGGCUGCUGGCACCGGGCCGCGCUGUCACAUGACGCCGGCGCCGCUCGGCCCUGCCCGGCUCCCCGGGCCGGCGGGUAUGCAAGAGAGACAGAAGAGAUGAGGAGGUCUUCAGAAAGGAGACAACUGACCUGGACCGGGAACGGGGGAGAACAGCCGUGUGGCCACUUUCCAGAGAUGCUUUCAGAAACCUGGAAAACCUUGGUGUCCAUAUCUGAAAAACAUCACUCCACUCCCUCCGAUAAGCUUUAUAAGCAACCCCCAGUCCUGGAGGCUAAUCUGUGGGGAUGAAUUCUGGU